AAUUCAAUCCGUCACAACCUGUCUCUGCACAGCAAGUUCAUCAGAGUGCAGAAUGAGGGAACAGGGAAGAGUUCCUGGUGGAUGCUCAAUCCUGAAGGAGGAAAGAGGGGCAAAUCUCCUAGGAGGCGAGCAGCAUCCAUGGAUAACAACAGCAAGUUUGCCAAAAGCAGAGGCAGAGCUGCCAAGAAAAAAGCAUCCCUUCAGUCUGGUCAAGAGGGAAAUGGUGACAGCCCUGGAUCGCAGUUCUCGAAGUGGCCUGCAAGCCCCAGCUCUCACAGUAACGAUGACUUUGAUAACUGGAGUACAUUUAGACCUAGAACUAGCUCUAAUGCUAGUACGAUCAGCGGAAGACUUUCUCCUAUUUUGCCAGAGCAAGAUGAUCUUGGAGAUGGGGAUGUGCACUCCAUGGUAUACCCAUCAUCAGCCACCAAAAUGACUUCUACUCUACCCAGCCUUUCAGAGAUGAGUAAUUCUGAGAACAUGGAAAAUCUUUUGGAUAACCUUAAUCUUUUGUCACCUAAUACGUCAAUGACUGUAUCAACCCAGUCUUCAUCUGCUACUCUGAUGCAGCAAACACCAGGUUACUCGUUCGCAUCCUCGACCACGAGUAUUGGUUCACCAAAUCCAGACUACAGAAAAUUUACGUAUGCUCAAGCUAGCAUGAACUCUUUGCCCCAGAUUCCUAUGCAGACUCUUCAAGACAGUAAAUCAAGCUAUGGAUCGAUAAGCCAAUAUAACUGUCCCGCAGGACUUCUGAAGGAGUUACUGACUUCCGAUUCACCGCCGCACAAUGAUAUCUUGGCAUCAGUAGACACUGGUGUUUCCCAGGCUGGUGGCAGGGCGCUGGGCCAAAAUGUGUUGAUGGUUUCUAACUCGGUGAUGCCAACUUAUGGCAGUCAACCACCCCACAGCAAAAUGAUGAACCCUAACGCCCGCCCACACCAAGGACAUAACCAGCCAACACCUGCGGUUAAUGGUCGUGCCUUGUCACACACAGUGAACACCAUGUCACAUACUUCAGGUCUAAAUCGCUUGUCGACAGUGAAGACUUCGUUACAAGUGCCUAUGAGUCACCCGAUGCAGAUGAACGCUAUGAACCCGUACGCCCCUGUUAACAGUUGCAAUGGCUAUGGAAGGGUGGGGAUUGUUUCCCUCCACCAGGAGAAGCUUCCCAGUGACUUAGAUGACAUGUUAAUUGAGCGGUUGGACUGUGACAUGGAGUCGAUUAUCCGUAAUGACCUUAUGGAUGGAGAGACGUUAGAUUUUAACUUUGACAGUGUAUUGCCUAACCAAAGUUUUCAGCACAGUGUAAAGACAACCACACACAGUUGGGUGUCAGGCUAGGAUGUGGUAGGAGGCUUCGGUUAAAUUCUCCAGACUUGUCUGACAGCAGGAACUGAGAAAAGCAGUACAAAGAUGUCCUUCGCCUUCCUUUUUAAUUUUCUUGACGAAGCUGUGUGCAUGCACUAGCUUUUUUGGGGGUCUUUUUUUUUUCCUUUUUUUCUUCCUUUCAUCAGAGUUGGCAGCAGAGAGAGUAUUUUCCUGUACAGGAUGUUUGCCCAAGGUUUGCAGGUUAUGUGCUGCUGUAGAUAAGAACUGUGCCAUUGGAAAUUUCAUUACUCUGAAGUGCCAAAUUCACUACACCAUAUAAUCACAGCAAGGACUCUUACUUACAUCAUGUUGUGCUUUCGGUUUUGUACAGUAUGAUCUAUAGAAGAAUAAUUGUUUUUUAAGACUAUCUGUUUUGGUCCAAGAAAAGUUUAUAAACUUUUGUAAGAAUACUGUGAUGAUCUCAUGCCCUAAGUAAGUUUAACCUUCGUUGAUGUUACCUGUGUUCUGAUGAAUUGUGAUAACUGUGGACUUGCCUUGCAGCAGUACAAACUGCAUUAUUUUACUCAAAAUUUCCACACAUUUCAUAUGGGAACAGAAUAGCCUGUUAAAUAUCCUACUAAACUCACUGACUAUUCAAAGCAAGCAGUAGGUUAAAUGCCAUUUGAUAAGUUACCUGUAUUCAUGUAAAUUUAUGCAAGAAUAUAUCUGGAUUUCAUUGUCAGACUAAUGACUUUAUUGUUGGACUUAAGAUAAUUUUUGGAAUACUUGCCAAGCUAUUUUUCUUAGAAUUAAAGUCUACUUUUGUUACAUAGGCAAUUAAAAAAAAAAUCUGAGAUCUGGCAGCAUUCAUAACCUCUUCAUUUUGUACAGUAUUUUAACUGGAUUAAGUACAUGUUUUUAUAAAUUUCCCUAGCACUUGGGAGUGCUAAUAAAGUAAACGCUUAAUAAGUAUCUUGAAUACAAAACAUUUCUGGCCCUUUUUUUUUGUUGUGUGAUGUAUAAAUAUAGACAAGUUAUGUUUAGGAACUAUUUAAUCAGUUUUAUAUAUGCAUUUUUAGAAAUGUCAUCUGCUUCUACUAUCAUUUUAACUCUGACUACCACAAAGUGUUAAGUAUUCAUUGUUAGAUGCUUGUACAAUGCUUCACAUUUAUAUUUAUUUCAUGGAGGUCUCAUAAUGUUUGUGGACUCAAAAGCAGGACCUUUCGGAAAAAAUCCAUAAUUUUAGAAAAAUUAAUGACAAAAUUGUAAUUUGUCUUAAUUGGCAGUAGUUUUAGGGUCUGUCAGUGUUUCUAUUGUAAUGCAGUAUGUUUGAAGAGGCAAAAAUGCUACUUUUCAGUGGGAGCCUAAAACUUUUGUGGCUCCCCUAUAACAGGACAAAACAUUACUUUUUUUUCAAUAAGAAAGAUAAAGUAAGUGGAAAAAUUAUACAAA